CUAGAUUACAGAAUUAUUGACAUGUGGGAAAUUGAAAAGGACCAAUAUUGGGGCUAUGUUACCAAUGGUGGUACCGAAGGCAAUCUCCAUGGUAUUUUGUUAGGGAGAGAACUACUUCCGGAGGGAAUAUUAUAUGCAUCGAAAGACUCUCAUUACUCAGUCUUCAAAGCUGCAAGAAUGUACAGAAUGGAUUCAGAAACAAUCAACACAUCAGUAAAUGGAGAGAUGGAUUAUUCAAAUUUAAGAGCAAAGUUGCUUCAAAAUAAGGACAAACCAGCAAUUAUAAAUGUCACAAUUGGAACUACGUUCAAAGGAGCUAUUGAUGAUGUUGAUGUUAUUCUUGAAACACUCAAAGAUUGUGGCUAUUCACAAGAUAGGUUUUACAUCCAUUGUGAUGCUGCACUAUGUGGUCUUAUGACCCCUUUUAUUAACAAUAUGAUUAGUUUCAAGAAGCCAAUUGGAAGUGUCACAAUUUCUGGUCACAAGUUCUUGGGAUGCCCAAUGCCUUGUGGUGUCCAAAUAACAAGAAAAAGCUACAUCAAUAAUCUCUCAACAAAUGUGGAGUACAUUGCUUCUGUGGAUGCCACUAUUUCUGGUAGUCGUAACGGUUUAACUCCAAUUUUCUUAUGGUAUAGCUUGAGCGCAAAAGGUCAAAUUGGCCUGCAAAAGGAUGUUAAAAAAUGUCUUGACAAUGCCAAAUAUUUGAAAGAUCGUCUUCAACAAGAAGGAAUAAGUGUCAUGUUAAAUGAGCUUAGCAUCAUAGUUGUACUUGAAAGGCCUCGUGAUCAUGAAUUUGUCCGUCGAUGGCAACUUUCAUGUGUCAAAGAUAUGGCACAUGUUAUU